UGCCAUCCAUAGCGCCAUUCACAACAAAGACAAAAAACGAAAAAAGAGCGAGUGACUUUUUUGUAGUCUUGCUCUAUAAGCACGGAAAAUACCCGUUCUCUUGGCAUUUCCGAAAGCAGAAACUAUUUAUAGCACAAUCAAAUUUCUCACGCGGCAAACACAAUAUGCCAAAACUAAAGAGUUUGCUGCCCAAUAUCUUUGGCGGCAACAAAGAGGCACACACCAGCAGCAAUACAACAAAUAUGAAUUCGGAAGGACGACUAGAAACAGAUGCAUUGCCGAUCAGCGAGACAGAUAACAAUAGCGGCGCCCUAUCGCUGCCCUCCAAUACGCCAACACCAUCGGCAGAUCUAACCGAAUCGGUGUUGCGCGAACUCUCCGAUCCCAAUUACAAUUCCAUGGAUGUGGUGCAAUCCGCGCAGAUACCAGGCAACGCGCUGGUCAAUGGUGACAGCGGCGGCAACAACAACACAAUGAACACCAUGAAUGUGCACAGUGCACAGCAACAGGUGGUGAUGAACUUCUCGAAUGCCAGCAAUUUGCAUUUUGGCUCAGUUUAUAAUUUUAAUCAAAACCUGAGCGCCUGCAGCUCACGCAAAGGCAGCACCAGCACCACAGAGGAGGUGGCGGGCGCCAUUCCACCAGCCGAUGCGAAACGUCAUGUGCCCCGUAAAACGGUCAGCAUUGUUGCCAUGAUGCAGUCGCAGCAGGAGCCCGAUGAUCGUCUGCUGGACACGGUCGCCACACAUCUGGGCGAGGGCUGGAAGCAUGUAAUGCGCGAACUUGGCCAUUCCGAAGGUCAGAUCGAGCAGGCGAUUAUCGAUCAUCAAAUGCACGGCAACAUCAAGGAGGUCAUCUACCAAUUGCUGCUGAAGUGGGUGCGCAGCGCCGAUGAUGGCAUCGCCACGGUGGGUCGACUCACCACGCUGCUGUGGGAAACCCAGCAUCGCGAGUGCGUGCAGCGCAUGAAACUGGUUUGGAAGGCGCUCGAGAAGCGCAAGACGUCCAGUUAGCUGCCCACGAAGAGAGCGAACGACAAACAAAAAGAAAAAAACAGGGCAUUUCGGAGCGCGUGUCUUAGUUAGGUCUCUAAUUUAGUUGUUAAAACUUAUAACUUUUAGUACUACAUAUUUGUCACGCCCCUUUUUGUGCACUUAGCGCACACUAAAACAUUAUUUUUUGUGCAAUAAUAUUUGUUAAAAAGAAACGAAAAACAAAAAAAAAGCCCAAUUUUGACAAACGGCAUAUUGUUAAAUACCUUUAUAUAUGUAAACUUCGAAUAAGUGCCUGAACAAGUUUGUCCUCAAGCAACUGUAUUUGUUUUCAAAUGUGAUAUUUCGAGUGCAUGUUCGUUGUGCAAUAUGAAUUUUUCACCCAAGUAAUCUACAGACAAUAAACAAGCCGUACUGUAUCUGUGCGCUUUUAUUAUGUAA